CAAUGAUGCCUUUCAUUGUCAUGUUGCCGAAGUCCACUCCCGUGGCUAAAAGAUUUUCGACAGUCACUGCAAUAGGUAUUUUGGCUGGGGCGGCUGCGACGACUAGAUCGGUGGGGGCAUUCACAUAUGUACCGUCCAAGGCUGGCAAAAACCUGCCCUACAACCAGAUUAGUAGAAUCUCUAUUACUGACAGACACGCUCGUUCAGUUUCGCGGCUAGGAGGCUUAGGAAAACGUAGAGGCCUACCAUAAUUCCGUCUCCAGUUGUACCACCCUUUCCAUCAACAGAGUUGAGAAUUUGUAGACAAGAUGAUGGGACUCCUUGCAGAUUUCGUGAAAACUUUGUAAUUCUUUGAGAGUGGAAAUAUGUCUGGUGGUAAAUGUUGCUACUAUACCCUGCAAAUGUGAAUUUGCAGGAGCAUGCGGCCCAUAGACAUAUUUAACACGUUGAAUAAAGUCAGCGUCUUUCCACUCAUCCGUUAGAUUUAAUUCUAAUUUUUCUUAGCGAGGUCCAUAAGUCCAUUGAUGGCGUAUUUGUCGGCAACAAUAUACAUUGUU